GGGAUUGGCCAGGACGGCCGCCGCUCACGGGUCGUGGGCCGGCAGCGGGCGAUGCUGCCGCGGAGCUUAGCCGGGGGAGGCCGCGCGGUGGCCGCUGCCGCUCGCGGCCAGAGGAAAACGGGUGAAGGGGUGAUGCCAUCCAGAUGGUCAGAGGGGCAGCGUACGCCGUGCUGGCUGGAGAAGGGGCAGUGGCACGGAGCUUACAGGCUUGCCCCGGCCCCCCAGUCCUGUCCACGGAGCAGAAUCGUCCUGGCUGGAGAGCCAGAUGUCCCCCCACCCCACCAUCUGCUGGAGUGCACAACUCCUGCGAGACCCUGCAUGCAGCACUUCUCAUGGGUCACUUCAUCCUACCAAAGCAUUAGGUCCAGUUUACAAAUGGGAAACCAAGUCUGGAGGGGCCCGGCCGACUGUCCAGCUGUGACCGGUGCCAGAGGAUUCCUGGAGGCGGUGGCAUUCUUCACAGGCACCCUGCCUGGGUCCAAGUCUGUGAAGGCCGCAGAGAGCUGGGGAAGGAGGCGGGCUCCCACGCAGGCACAGACAGCGCCAGGCAGUCCAGGUCGUCCCUGCCUGGCGGGCGCCCCUCAGAACCUUCACACCACCUGCCACCUGAGCUCCAGCCGCCCACAGACUGUUGCAUGAGCGGCUGCCCCAGCUGCGUGUGGGUGCAGUACGCAGAUGCGCUGCUGCACCACUACCAGGAUGGCGGGCAGCAGGCUCUGGCUGCCCUGGAGGAGCAUGUGGCCGACGAGAACCUCAAGGCCUUCCUCAGGGUGCAGAUCCAGCUGCACAUGCGGAAUGGAGGCUGAGCUGGCCUGGCCCCACAUCCUUGCCCAUUAGGCUCCCGCCUGCCAGCUCCCUCUCAGAAAGUAGCACAGCCUCCUUUGUUUGCGGCUCCCUUGUGGGGCUUGUGUCAGGAACAGAAGGAGCUAUUUGUUGACCCCUCCUGAGAAUAAACAAGUUCUCCGUGGUGGUUAGA